CAUGUCUCUUCGACUCGCGGCCUCGCUCCCACGCCUCUUUGGUUCCAUAUAUCGGUCGACUGCAGCAAUCCCAUUGUCUUUGCGCCUUGUUAAGCCUCAUAGCCCCUGCUUUCACGCCGCCCACUCUGCCUCCUUGCGCACUAUGAGCACCAGCUUCGACCCCCGCUCGGCGGCCACCACUGGACCAGUGAUUGGCAUCAUUGGCAUGGGAGAUAUGGGCCGCAUGUACGCGCGCCGCCUCAACGACGCCGGUCACACGGUUAUUGUUUGUGAUCGGCCAGAGGCCUACGAUCGCUUGGCGAGCGAGUACCGAGGGAGUGGGAUUACGGCGCUGUACGACGGCCACGCCGUGUCCCGCGCAGCCGACUUUAUCAUCUACUCUGUUGAGGCGGCGUACAUCGGCGACGUGGUGGCUGAGUAUGGGCCCAGCACGAAGAUUGGCGCCACGGUGGCAGGGCAAACGAGCGUUAAGGCGCCGGAAAAGGUCGCAUUCGACAAGUACCUCCCCGCCGAUGUGGAUAUCGUGUCCGUCCACUCGCUACAUGGGCCUGGCGUUACAACCGAGGGACAGCCACUUAUCAUCAUCCACCACCGCGGGCCAAAGGAGAAAGUCACAAUGGUCGAGGACGUGUUUCGCUCCUUCAAAAGCCGCUACGUCUACCUUACGUAUGAGGAGCACGACGAGGUGACGGCCAACACGCAGGCCGUGACUCACGCCGCAUUCCUGAGCAUGGGGAUGGCGUGGAAGGCAGAGGGCGGUUACCCAUGGGAGAAGGCGCGUUGGGUCAGUGGUAUCGAAGUCAUCAAGGUCAACAUCACGCUGCGGAUCUACGCGGCAAAGUGGCACGUGUACGCCGGGUUGGCGAUUCUGAACCCUGCCGCGCAGCGUCAGAUUGAGCAGUACGCGCGCAGCGCGAGCGAGCUGUUCAAGCUCAUGAUCGGGGGACAUCGCGCCGAGCUAGAGAAGCGAGUAUGGGCGGCGCGUGAAGCGGUGUUUGGCUGGAAGCGCGAACAGGAUGCCGAGCUGGACGAGGCCGGGGGCCGCCAGCCCAUCCUCCUCUCCGAGGAUGUGCUUGAUCAGUUCUCUUUGGGGACCCACGACAAGAACGCUGUCGAGGAACCAAACAGCCACCUCUCCCUGCUCGCCAUGGUCGACUGCUGGGCCGCGCUCGGCAUUCGUCCCUUCGAGCACCUCGAGGUGGCGGGCACACCUGUGUUUAUGCUCUGGAUCGGCGUUGCGGAGCACCUGUUCCGUAGCCGCGACAGGCUGGAUAAGGCCAUCGACGCGGGCAUCACGGACCGUGUGUUCCGCCCCGACGACCUCGAGUUCACUGUUGCCGCUCGAGGGUGGAACGAGUGCGUCAACUUUGGCAACUUUGACUUGUACGAGCGGCGCUUCAAGGAGGCAGCAGGUGAGUCACUCGCGGGCGGAGGUGGGCCGCCGAUCGGAUGUUUGUCUCGGAGUUCAGCGGCUGGUCGUACGAGGACUCGAUGUACGAGAGGAGGCAUGUCGCAUGGUGAUACCCGCAAGAAAUCGCGGCAAAGCCCCCUCGCUCGCACCUCCAUGAGACCCUCGUGGUGCGACGCGAGGGGAAGCCGUUGAUAACAUGACGGCAGUAGGCACGUAAUCCCCCUGCGUCGAAAUUGAUUGCACUCGCACACGAAAUUGCGACGUGUCGUUUCCGUGCCUCCGUUUGCAUCCGGCGUUCCUCCUGACGGCAGACUUCUUUGCGCCCCGGUUCGAAGAGGCAGGCAAGGUUGGUGCCCGUAUGAUCAAGGUCAUCCAAGACGCACAGCGGGCCAAGUAGAGCCUGGCACGUACAUGCAUGCAUUAAUCAUUAUCG